CAGCGCGCUCGCGUCGCAGGAACGCUCCACGCUGCGCUGCCCGCCGCCGCGCCAACAAGUGACACAAUUUGGGUUGGGGUAAAGCGGCCGGCGCUUUCGGGCGGUGUACACGUUUCGUUAGCUUCUCUAUUUUAAAAACUACUUGCUUGACGAUAUCCGGGAAGGGACCGACCGCAUCACCGCGGCGUCGACUCCACACCACUGUCACUCAUUUUCGAUGCAGUCGACCUGCGUACGCGUCGUUGGUCGCUUCGCGCGCACGCGCGUCCGCCUUUAUGCACUUAACACAUUUUUAUAGUUAAAAGUUUUAAACGUGCAGAGGUAAAUGAACUUAUUAUAAACAAAGUGCCUUUUUCAACCAGAGGAUGUAUGUUACGAAGAGGUGAUAUUUGUGGUGCCAGUUGAUAAUUUAUAGUUACCAUGAGCGGGAGGGAAGGCGGAAAUGCAGUUCCCUCUUCAAGUGCAGCGGGCGCGAGCGGCAGCGGAGUCACAGGGGUGACGCGCCGCGGACGAUGUAAGUGGUUCAACGUCGCGAAGGGCUGGGGGUUCAUUACCCCUGACGAUGGCGGACAAGAUGUUUUUGUACACCAGAGCGUGAUCCAGAUGCCAGGCUUUCGAUCACUGGGCGACGAAGAAGAGGUUGAGUUCGAGUGCAAGGAGUCAGACAAGGGGCUGGAGGCGACACGUGUCUCCGGGCCCUCGUCCGUGGACUGCCAGGGAUCACAUCGACGCCCGCUCUCCAAGAAACGGUUCAGAAAGAUACGUUGCUACAACUGUGGCGAGUUCGCUAACCAUAUAGCUGCUAAGUGCAGCAUCGGCCCACAACCAAAGAGAUGUCACAACUGCAAGAGUGAGGAUCACCUCAUUGCCGAUUGCCCAGUAAAGGUGGAAAAGAAGAAGGACGAAGGCAAGAGUAGUUCAAGCAGCUCCCAGGGCGGGCAGCAGGACAGUCCCCCGCACGCGUAACUCCAUCACGUACUAUAUUCCAGCACCCGGCGAAACUUGGACACUUUCUAACGGCAUUUCUUCGCUCUUACUUUAACUAUGUUAUGACGUUUCGACAACUUUAGACAAAGCUUAUUUCCGUCUAGAUAUUCCAUUCCAAAUUGAAAGGACCUAAUGGAAUUACCAGGUUUUACUUCAAAAUAUUUUCAAGCGACCACCAUCAUCUGAUGUUAACAUUAUAAGGACACAUCUACCUCACUAUAGUUACAGAUAAACUAUACAAAUAAGUACAAGACUGAUUGGUACAAAUCCAUAAUUCUAGUACAAACUAUACAAUAUUUACUUUUUAAAUAAUAAUUUUAAUGAUAGUAAUUUUACAAUCUAAGUUUGCAAACGUAACGUAAGUACAAAUUUUAUGUGUUCGAGUGACCUUAAUUCUUUUACGUAUAUAUUGGUGUUUAUCCAAAGUUAAGUGUGUGUUUAUUUUAUUAUUACUUUGUUGCUUUAUUAUAUUAUGACCAACUUUAUGUUAAUUCUAGCUCAUAAUUAAGAAAACGACAAGUUAGAAGUAUUACAACUGGCUAUGAAAUAACAUAAAAUUGUAAGGGUCUUACAUACGCUUAACUCGGUGAAGAAGUAAUAACUUGAUACCUACUAAAAUC